GUGAGCUGAUCUGAGAUCAGCCAUCUAGAGUUAAUUCUACUGAUGCACCCACGUCUUCCAGGAGGCAGACACCGUACUUGGCUGCUAUUUUACUUACCUAUCUCAGCUAAGGCCUUUAAAUGCAUUAAAUAAUUGAAUUCGGGGUUCUUAGGUUCACUAUGCUGAGAACAACAUUGUAAAUGAAAAUAUACUGGAUUUAUAUAUCUAUACAGCAUUUCUGUGCUCAAACUGAAAGCAAACCCUGCCACCUUUCGGUGAAAUGCUGGCAACAACAAUAAUGCAACACGCUAUCGUUUAGUUUAUUACAUGACAAACCAACAUCAGACUACACAAGUGCAAAACAAUUGAAAGAGAGCAGUGUGGUUGAGUCUUUCGCCCUGCACGAGGGAACGUGUUUUCUUUUAGUGUAACACUUUACGGACCUCCUUUGGGAUUGUAACAAUUUCUAUAAAGCUUGAAAACACCCGUCUAUUCUCUGCCUUGGCUCAGAGGUGCUCUAACCAAACCGUGAGCUCGCACAUAAGAGCAGUUUGACCGAUUUACACAUCGCGUGCGAACUAACCGCUUCUCGUGACAGCGGGACAGAUGCUUCUCAGGCAAAUGCUGCCUUCACUGCAGGAAGUGUAACGAAGCAGCACGGCGCAUGCUCUCCAGCCUCUCCGACAAGCGGAGGAUGAAUUAUCCCCUGCUGUAAACCGGUAGGUAAAACUAUGAUAAUAUAAUUUAAAGUGUUUGUACAGUUUGAGUGUCCGCCUGCUGCUUUUUGUGCACUCUCGGUGGGAAAGUGGCGCGCGCCGUCGCACUGUUGUUGGCCAGGGUGUGCGUGCCGCCGCACCAACAGACGUCAGUUUGAGUGGGUGAAGGAGGGUGAACAAGGCACGCAACUGUCUGUGUAGGAGUUGGUGAUUUAACAUGGGCUACUUGUUAUAUAUGUAAAAUGUAACGAUCUAUUGCCUCCAAUCCGCAUUUUAUCCCCAAAAAGACUUCCUUGUUGUUUCUCCAGGCUGGAACAAUGAAUACCCAGUUUAUAGUCUUUAUUUCUGUGUGUUGUCUCGUUAUUCUCGCCCUAAGUCGCCUUAUGCGUUUUAAUGGAACUGAAAGAAUAAUAUAGACAGAACCCUGUUUUACUGAUUACCUCUUAGUGAUUACCCCUUGACUGAAUACGAAGGGAAAUUAACAUUUUUGUUUGUUUACCUUUAUGCGUUUACCCAACUUAGAUGUCUAUUCAUGCCACAGAUAUGGAAACACCUAAUAUUCCAAAUUAAGGACAUAGAUCAACAUUUUACCCCAUGUUAAAAAGUAAUCUUUUGAAAAGAUAUAUGGCACAGAUAUGAAAUGAGAGCAGACAAAUAAGUAGUCUAUAAUACACAUAGUUAAUCAACUCCACCUAAAUAUUAUGCCUCAUAUGACUUACUGCCACCACCUCUGACAAAUCUAUAAGUCCAACAGGUCCUUUAUUUUUUCACAUCAGUGGCAAAAGAGGUUAUUGCAAAAGAGCUACAUAAAACGGUCCUGAUAUAAUUGGAUUUUGGGAGUUUCAUUGCAGUAGCUAACAUUAUGAAAGGACAUUACUGUUAAAUCCUCAAUGACAGUUACAUUGCUGUAGUAUUUUACACUUCAGGCUUUAUUACCAAGUAUUUUAGCUAAACCUUUGAGUUUUUCCCAUUAUCUGUAGCACAGUAUUCAUGCAUAGCCUUGAUAGCAAUAUAGGAGGCAAACCCUAUGUGAGGAUUAUGUUUCUAUAAACCCACUAUGAAUUUAUUUCUAUGACAGUUGCAUGCCAGGAACGACUGUUGGGGGAGGCGUUCAUAGACUUGUGUAUGCAUUAAAUAGCUUCCCUGCAUGCGUGUGUGUGAUCUGGAUGUUAACAUGCGUGCCCAACUCUCUGUGCGUGCAGCUCUGUGGGGAGGGGUGAUGGCGGGUGCUGAGGUCACUGUGUCUUCAGGGGAUCUCAUGAUGCUGAAGGAAGAGGAAGGAGAGGCCAGUGGCAACGACCACAAGACUCAAGUCAUUUUGCACCUGCAGCCUAUCCUGCACGGGUAACACUCAUUUUGACACAGGAUGCACAGAACUUAUCCUGCUUUAGCCAAAAAGACAGAUGUAAAUAGUUGCAUUCUCAAAUAUUCAAAUUUCCUUAACACUGUUAAAUGCACAUUUAAUUCCAAGAAUGUAAAAGUAAGAAAUCUGGAGUAUAUGCAUGCAGUAACUGUUUACAUAUUUGACUGUUAAAUUCAGAGCUAGUCAACUGUCAGCAGGCAUGAGACGUUUAUUCUGUUUCAUCUGACCCUCUGUCACCCUCUGCAGGGUUAAUGAUGACAUUGCCGACACUGGCACUACAGUCUUGGCCAUAGAGACACACCAUGGUAUGUUUACACCCACCCAUGUAAAGCUGGACAGACACAAAGACAAAUGAUAUAUAAAUGUUACUUAGUUCAGGCAAUGUGUUAUUGGCACAAAUGAAUCCCUCUCUUCAUUUCAUUAUAGACCCAAAUUAAUACAGAAUACUGAUAAACCUGCUUCUUUGAUUUUUUUUAUAGUCACAUGAUUCAUGUAUUCAUUAGCAUCCAGGGAGGUGGUGUUUUAAUUUACUACACCAGUAAUUGCUUUUAUGCACUCAUAACAUUAUAAUGUUACUGCUUUAAUACUUUGUAGAAGACAGUAAGGCAGAAGGAGAGGAGAUUGAGUACGGCUAUCCCAUCACCUGUGGUGACAGCAGAGCUGUUCUCCUGUUUAAAAAGUUUGUUUGCCCAGGAAUCAAUGUGAGAUGUGUCAAAGUAAGUGGAUGAAUGAUUCAGAUUAAUUUAUGUUACUUCCUUUAUAUUCUCAUUAUUGUUUUUUUUUUUAUAUUUAAGUAUAGAUAAUGUUGUUUUCCUUUCUUACAGUUCAAUGAUCAGCUCAUCAGUCCUAAACAGUUUGUACAUCUGGCAGGGAAAGCCACUCUGAAGGACUGGAAAAGAGCCAUCAGACUUGGAGGGGUAAUGCUCAGGUACAGCCUAUAAAAAUACAUUAUUGAUCUGAAGCAAAGGAGUAGGUGUGCUGCUGGGUCUUUGCAGUAACCAUAUACUGCUGCCCUUUGAAUAAUUUGGGUCAUGAGGCUUGUUUUCAUGAUCUUUUUGAUCUCGUUGAGAAAUGUAUUUACUGUUUCUUAUUUGGAUCUGUCAAGACUUUACCCUGGUAUGUGUCAUUUAUGUUUUUAUCUAAGGAUAAGGAUAAACUUUAUUGUCCCCUGUGAGAAAUUUGUCUUGGACCUGUCUUCGAAGCCUAUUAUGGAGUAGGGAACUGGGGAGAGGGAGUGAAGAUAGCAUUUGGCAGAUGGACAAUGGAUUGGCCAGUAAAGCUGAUUCUGAUUCUGAUUUGAACCUGAACUGUCGGCUUGGAAGGACUCCUCUGUGCUUUGGGCUCUCAAUUCCACCCUGAGUUAAACCCACAUGUCUUCAUUUUUUUCUCUUUCCUCUACUUUAUUUCCUUCUUCUUACCUCCUCUCUUCAUUUGUCCUUUACCCUCUAUUGAUGGGGUAUCACUUCCUGUUUGUUUUGCCAUUAGACCUUCUCACUCGUGGAGAAUGAUCGUCCCAAAAUGAAGACCCACACUGAUGUCAGCUUCAUAUUUUGCUUUGUAAAAUGAAGGCAUUUUUAUAGUACACAAAUCUAGCAGUGUGUCAUUUGUCAGUCUGGUGUUUUCCUCAUGGCUGCUAGGGAGACUCAUGCUUAUUUGACUGACCUUUAAGGGAGUUUCUCACAUCAUUCUGUGGCAUCAGGGUUCAACCGUCAGACUUUAAACACCUCAGUCUAAUGCAGUCAACAAUCAUUCAUAUAAUUUGCACUUGCGUCGUGUCUGUCUGCGUUGGGCUUUGCCACCACAUUCCUGAGGUAGCAGGUAAGCUGCAUUAUCAUGAAAGGAGGAUCAAAUAACACGCAGCCAAGCUGUUGAGUGAUACUUCUCACCGGAUUGAUCGUGUUUGCACUUGUUUUUGGUGUUUCUCUGAGUCAAUACACUGUACCAACUCAAUAAUAUCUUUAUUUCUCAAGAGUUCACAUCAAUGGGUUUCCUGUCGAACAAACUUCAGGGGCGCUAUUGGAAAUGUUCAAUGUAAUCAAUUCACCCUUCAACACCCUCUCAGCAGCUGUGAAACAAAAUGUUUUCUUGUAAAGUUCCUUUGACCUGCUCCUCCCCCUUACAGGAAAAUGAUGGAUUCGGGCCAGAUAGAUUUCUACCAGCACGACACCGUGUGCAGCAACACCUGCCGCAGCACUAAAUUCGAUGUGCUGAUCAACAGUACACGGCUUCCUCCUGGGACGUCAGUGCAGCCAGGCCUGUCAUGUCUGCCUCUCGACCCUCUUGGAGGACAGGUGCCGCCCCUGACAGGUAGAUUCCAGUUGGCGUUCUCAGUUUAAGUUUCUUUCUCUCCCACAUCUGCCUGGGCUGCUAUUUUGCAGGGUUCAGAUGAAACUUCACAGGCCACCUGGGUAUUGUGGAUCUGCAAGUAACAAGAAUAUUUGUUCUUUUGAAAAAUGUCUGAAAGACUGUGGGGAAAUUGGGAGAUUAGAUCAAUAAUUAAUUUGAGAAAAUCAUUCUAAAUGACAGUUAUUCUUUAACUUUACUAAAAAGGUGGUAGGAAACAGAUUUUCUGCCUCUUUUCACAUUAAUUUGUUAUGUCUGCGCAAUCUGCUGUCAUUCCAGGGGAGAUUGUGCAUGAAGCAGCAGAAGUAGAGGAGCCUUUAGAGGAGAAGUUAAGCACAGCAGCAGAGUGGAGUCCUGGUAGAGUUCAACCUGUAAAUCCCACAACAGCCAAUGGACAUGCUGCAAAGAGGAAGAGGACUGACACCCCUGGUAAGUAUAUGAAGAGCUACACUGUCCUUGUCACAAACACUGUGAGAAGUUUUUCAGUCGUUGUGUCAUUGCCCAAAACUGAUACUGAUAUCUCUCUAUGAAUUUCAAAAUCAAAUGAAACCUUUGAAACAAGGCUGAAAGUUUCUCUGUUUUAAACUUUGAUCCCUGCUGUGAAAGGUUAGGCGUCAGACAGGAUGAUUAAUAGCAAGCUGAAGACUUUUGUCCACAGCAAAUACUCACAGUAAGUGAUAGAUUUCACUUUUAAUAAGACUACAGGGUGACUUUUUUGUUUGAAAAGACUACUUCAGCCUAUAUAGGUCGAGAGAUGGACCUGUUCCUUUGUCCACAGGGGGGCACCAAAACUGACAAAAACCAAAAGGUCCUCACAGCAGCUUCAAACAGACUGAACAGUAAUAAUACAAUGAGGGAAACAUAUUGAAAAUAGGUGGGGUGAUGAAAAACCCAUUUUGACUAUUAAUGCAUAAGAGAGGCAUCAUUAAUUUUGCUUGGUUGAAUAAUAAUUAUACCCCCAACAACAGGUAAUUGCAAUGCCUUUUUUUUUCUUAAGAGACAUGCUACAUUAGUUGGCUCACAGUGUUAAUGUUCAUCUCCAUUUACAGAUUAUAGAUUUUGGAAUCUAUAAUGAGAAGCCAGAUUUUUGUCUGUGGCACAUUUGAAGUCUGGGUAGUUUUCACUAAUCAUGUAUCAGUAGUCCAUACCGAGAGUAAAUACUGGUGGGAUCUACAGCCGCAAUCAUUAGCAGAAUUCUAAAAAACAAUCAUUUCAUUUCCAUAAAUAGAUGUCUAUAUGCAAGUUUUCUUGUCCAAACAUUUCAGCUUGAGCAAAAAAUUCACUUAACUUGCUGCAAAAAGCAAAUCAGUCUUGAGAAUUUGGGUCUCUGUGGACUGUAUCGGAAAUGACUGAUGGACUACUUUUCAACAAACGUGUAUUUCAAAAGUUGAUUCCUUUCCCUCUUGAGGACAGACUUGACAAAGCUUGUACUUCUUCCAUCUGCAAAUCUGCAUCAUAACAUGGUUAUUUUGGCAAACUCAAAGCUCCUGUGAAAAGAAUUUUUAGCUGCUUAUGAAACAGACUGAAAUGAAUAGUGCUGCCUUUAUACAGGCUACAAAAGAAAAGCAAACCAUAAUUAGGAGGAAAAGAUUAUUCUGGAAAAUAAGGGUUAAAACUGCUGCAGGAUGGCUAGAUGCCAAAUGAAGUGUUUGAGUUUAUAUUAUUGUAUCUUCUUUAAUAAAAUGGACUAAAAGUGAUAACUUGUUUGUUAAAAAAAAGCAGGAUAGAAUUCUUUGAGAAAAAAAAAAUCAUUACUGACACAUGUAUGAGACAAAACCGUCAAAUAGAUGAGGUUGUGCUUUCUCCAUAAAGGGCACUAAAACCGGCAGAAACCUUAAGUUCCUCCCAGGAAGAUUAAAACCUGUUUGUGUCAUGUUAAACUUCAGCAAUGACCUUAACGAUGAAAUUGAAACUCAAGAAGUAGCAUUUGCCUCUGCUAUGACCCACUUUGUCAGCUCAUAAAGGACAAUACCCUUGAGGUGGAUUCUCGACGUUUAUAAGGUACAUUUCUAUAACGGGAGAGGGCCCAGGUUCAGCACACUGACAUACAAACCUUUGUGUGUCACACAUUCAUGGGUCACGACCUUUAGGAGGAGACGGCCUGUUAUCUGAUGAAGAAAAGAAAUGGUCUGCACUUCAACAGUUGUGCAUUAAUAAUAAAUUCUUGAAAAUGAAAGAAAGGUGAAUUUGCUGAAACAGCUGCUGAGCGUCUGAACCUGCAGUCUUAGGAUGUUCUGGUGAUCUGUCACACAGGCCUUGAUUAAUCGCUGACUUUCAGCAAGCAGAGAGUCACAUCCCUUUAUAUCAUCAUCUGGAUCUCAACAUGUGUGUUCCUUUGCUUACACCUAUACACUUUGACUUAAGGGCUUUUAAAGGUGACCUGAUUAGGUAUUUCCAGCUGGAGUUAGUAACACAGCCUAAGGUGAUCUUACAUGUGAAUGGUAAAUUGAGGUGCCCCACUGCAUGAGCAGUAUUGCUCGUCACAGAGCUUAAAACAGUGACAAAUCUCUGUAAAACAGCUCUGCCUAAAACUAUCCUGCUCUAUCUCAGGGAAAUGUACUUCCUCACAUUAGCGUAAAUUCUCCACACAGAGAAUCAUAAAUUUAGUGUCAGAUUGCUGUAAAUGGGAUUUAAAAUGUUUCCUUAAGGACACAUUGCAUUUAUCUUGACAGACAUUUAAGCAAACGCAGAAGUGGACGCAUUUCUUGCAAGAUAAGAUGUCAAGCACACCUGACAUUUCAUCACUCUAAUAUACUCAACCUCUAUUUUGCUCAGCUUUGUACUGAUUCAGAGUCAUUUUUCAGCCUCGGUUCAAUCUGCCUGUCCUCUUUUCUUACCCAUUUCCUCCUCACUCCUCUCUUCCCCUAUCACCCGUUUAACAUCCUCUCCCCGGCUCUGCUCCUCACCCAUUUCCUCUAUCUUGUUAUUUCUUUUUUUUUGUUUCUCCAACCUUUGCCGGUUAUUUCUGCUUCCCACCUCAAUUUAUUACUCUCUUUCAUGCCUUUAACUCUCCUCCAACCUCACUUCCAGACAUUUCCCUGCCCCCAUGCUCCAUCUCAUUUAUCCCACAUUUCUUGUUUAUUUUUCUCUGCCUUUCCUUCUUGUUCACCUCAGCCUCUCCCAUCAGCUCACAUCCACAUCCAUGGGAGUGGGUACAUUUGCACACAUACACAAAUCACUUCUAUGAUGUCUUAUCUCUCUGUGGCACUUUGUCUUUUUAAAAUGAAAACACCAACACACACAUACACAAAGUCCCCCACAUAUCAUAAUAAUGUCCUACCCUUGCUGACCUCAUCUAGAUGGAGUACUGAGCCUGUGGCAGGGCGUGGCAGACUCUGGGUUGAUGAGGGAGGUCCUGUCCAGUCUUCAGACUGAAUUAUUAGCCACUCUGAAAGGAGUGGAAGCUCGCAGUGAGAAGGCCAACCUUCGGGAGACAGGUGAGCUGCCAUGGUGUGCAAACCACUGGGCUGAAAAGAAGUGCUUUAAAUGAGGUGUCAGUGAAGAUGCAAAAUGAUCCCUUCAAAAGUAAUGAGUGUAAGAUUAGAGUAGGGUUUGACAAAAAGAUAGAGGACCCAAAAGCAGACGUAGAGAUAAUGAAAUACAAAUAGAGACCAAAACAAAAACAUACAGGGGAGAGAGGCGACAACAACAACAACAAAAUAGGGCUGCACGAUAUAUCGUUUGAGCAUCGUCAUCGCGACGUAUGUGUGCACAAUAGUCACAUUGCAGAGCCUGCAAUGUCGGAGGCAAAUGAACUCAACUAAUUUCAAGGGUAGCUGACUGAGAUACACUGCAUGUGACUCUGCAUGUGCUGUGCAGCGAUCCACCAAUCACAUUCAUUCUUUACUCAGUUGCCAAUCAGACUACACUGCCAGCCAUCAAUCAAAAUCAGAGAGGAGGAAACCACGCCCCUACACAUGAAGUAAGUCGCUGGCGCUGCCGGUGUUCCGAGAAACGCGUGUCCACUGAGAAUUACUUUCGGAACAUUACUCAUCAAUGUUUAGCCCAACAAAUAAGAACUGUAUGGGUUUUAAAUUGUACAUUUCCGUGGACCACUCUACUAUAAGUGGUGCACGUUUUGCGAGAUGGAUGCAAUUCUCGGCUGACAUGCCUUUCUUGGCACAACACCAGUAGCAACAACAAUGAUUACAAAGACUUGUUGCCAAAAAGAAAAGCAACGUCAGUUAUCUGGAAUUAUUUUGGUUACAAGAAAGAUGAUGUCAACCAAACACCUGUUCUGUGUUCAUCUGUUGUCACAAGGAGAAAUAACAAGUCCCAGCACAAUAAAAGCAAGCUAUAAAUAUCUCCAAGACAGACAGAAGCCAUUCUACUAACAUUCACAAACAGAGGUAAGAUCAGUGCAGGUUAACUGUUCUCAAGAUGUCCUCAAGCAGUGCAGCUAUUCAGGUCAUCUGCUGAAAAUUCCUCUAUGUUUUAAUAUUGCAAUAUACAUUGCAGGGUUGAAAAAAAUUGCAAUAUUGUGCAGCCCUACAACAAAACUACAUCGCUAAAAACUGUAGUGAAAGUUUAAGUGAAGGUACAGGGAAGACAAAGAGCUCUGCACACUGUCUUCCUAUAUAGGUUCCCUCUGUUCUCAUGCCCAUGUAGAGGGUCCAUCACUUUAGUUCUUACUCAGACUUGCCCCUUCUCGCUUGCACUCCACCAGAGUACACUCUGUAUUAAUUAACACCCACAACUAAAUGAAUAUCACUUAAUCAAAUUGCAAUACUCAUGUUUUGCUAGGACCGCACGUCAACAGAGCUGUCAAUAAUUUAUCUCUUGAACAUCAAAUAACUGAAUUGUAACUAACCGUCUCAGAAAAAUUGAAAACUUGCAUAUCUCAGCAUGACACAGGAGGUGGGCUUUAGGACCUAAACUGCAGCCAUUUAUCAGGGGAGACCCCUAAAUUAUAGCUCUGCACAGGAUAGCUAUUGUUCCGUCCAUCCACUUAGAAAGUCUAUGGUUACAUCUGUUUAGUGCGUCAAUAUCAGUGCAGACUCACUUCUGGGGGGUUUGACAGUCCACUCUCACUUCAUACUCCAGGGUUUUGGGCAGCACUCAUGUGGCGGACCCUCCAAGUGAGCUGAGCGAAUGGAGUGGAAUUGUGUGGGGAGCGGUUUGAGAAAGCUCAUUGAGUGUUGUCUAAAACCUUCGAGUGUGGAGUGGGAGUGAGCUGUGAAACCCUCUAAUGGAGUCUUCUGGCUUACUGAUCAGUUUCAUAAUGAUGUGUAUCGUUUGUCCUGGAAAUCACUCCUGACACAAAGGUUUUGGGUAUUUUCUCAGAAACUUAGAUAAAGAUAAACAGGCAUUUCAUUUGAGCAGUUACUACUUAAAUAAUAUUUUAUGAAUGCAAAAUUGAAAAAAGCGUCAGCAUUAUGAUGUGGUUCACGCACAUUUCCAGGAGACCGCAUAAUAGGCCAGUUAUUAACACCAGAUUAAAACAGAAGAUAUUUACAAAAAAUAAAUGCGUCUAAAGAGAUAUCUUCCUCAUAAAACAGAGGGAUUUUCAUAAGCCUGUCUGAUUAUUUUUAAUUGUAGACUACUUGUUUUUAAUGUGAUACAAACAUGGUUAGACAGCAUUCCCGUCUCUCCAGGAAUCAUGGGAGUACAGCCCAAAGUUUGCUGUUUAAGCUAAUCACCAAACACUCAUGUGGAGAGUGUGUCAUUCAGCCCAAGAGAGCUCAAAGUGAGCUCAGUCUGUAGCCUCUAAUUUAUUGCCAUUUCCCAUUUGUGCUUUAACUAAAUUCUGCCAUCACUAUGCCUUUGUAGUACUCCCUGAAACAGCGUAGUAUUGGGGUCCCAGUGUGAGUUUCACAUCACACUGCAUUACAGUGGUGCAGGAGCACAAAAGGCCUUGAAUCGCUGGGAAGUAAUGGGUGUAACCCAAUUGGUAGUAUCUUGGAAAUGUGAUGAAGCAGGAGCUGGAGGGUCCAAAGACUUGACAGACUGGAAGGUGAGGGCAACCAGAGGUGAAAAUAACAUGGACGAGGCUUACAAUCUAAAGGGGGCUAAAGAAAUAAGAGAAGGAAGAAAAGUAUUGCAGGAAGAUGACUAAAUAAAUCAAGAUAUGGCACCUCACAAGGCAAUUGGAAAUACUACAACCAAACAUAAAUUACGAAUGAUAAAGUCUGGUUUAAGUGGUACACUAUAGAUUGUGAAAAUGGUUUGUUUAGACAGAUUUGACUCAAGGUCUUUAUUUUGUCAGAUGCUGUCAUCCUAAAUUCCCUGUGUAAGAUGUUUGGACUUCUAGACUCAGUAAAGCAAGCUCUGAGCCUUAAACGCAGCCAGGACGAGGAGAACAAAAUGCAUCAAAGUGUUUAUGGUAAGAAAUGUAAUAGUACUGUGAUAAAGGCUGCAUAAACUUACAUUACAUGAACAUAUUUGAGAAUUAACUUUUGAAUCUUUUUUUUUUGUAGUAUUGGAUGAUAUUUUGGAGGGCCAGAGGAAACUGGUCUAUGACAAAUGCUCCUCCAAAAUUCACUCCUUGAAACACCUUCGACAGCAACGUCACAACCCAUCAAACAGCCAAACAAACAACUUGCUGUCUCCUGUAAAAACAAGCCCAGGGAUCCAACCUUCGUCGGUUAAUAGUUUAUCUGCUGCAUCUUAUGCUCAGCUUGCCAUCAACUCUCAGAUCCUCAACUAUUCCUCUACCUCCACCGGCCGGGGUUAUUACGCUGGCAGGACUCAGAGGGAAGCCGGGCUAGAGCGAGAGCAGGAGUUCAGUGAGAUGGCAAACCAUGAGAAGUUUCACAGACAAGAAUCCACAGGGACCUCAGGGAUCCACAAAGAGCCUGGACAGAGGACUAUUAGGCUUCAAGGAGAUCCUAGCCUUGGAAGGGAGGAAAAGGAGGAGACAGAAGGGUUGCAUGAUGUUGAAAAGGUGGUUAUAGGGGCAAAGGUAUUGAAGAAACAUAAAAGUAAGUAAGAUGAGAGACCAUGACCUCAAAGGGAAGCUGACAAAGAGAGGGAAUGUGCCUGAGACGAGGAGACUAUGAUGGAAAGAGAUUAAAAGAAGAGAGAUACUUACACUUAAACUGUACUCUCUUUAUGUCGUAAUCAACAAAUUUUUAUAACAGAUUUAUUGUUUAAGUCUUUUUUUUCAAGCAAAUAUGCAAAAAGGAAAUCUCCAGCUUCUAUGUGUUUACAUUUUUUUGUUUCUUAGCUAACAAUGAAUAGCUACAGAAAUGUUCAUCUUUGCAACACAAAGAUAUCUCAUUUAAACUUCAGGAGUUUUUGAAAAGCCCCUCUUUAAAAUAAUUUAUAGAUCUAAGUGUUUCAGCAGUGGAAAGGUAAUCCUGGAGCAGAUACUUAUCUCUGUUACGGACCAAGCACAUGCUACAUCACUCUGUAUUCCUCAAUUUCAUUCUCAAAAGGCUCUUAAGUCUGUAAAUAUAAAAUUUGGUUCUAUUUAUGAUAUUUGUGGUGGUAUUUUCCUUGUCUUAAGGUGGUUGGUAACUUUUACAAAUCUUUUUACAAAUAUUUCCUCAAACUUUUAUAAUUAAUUUCAAAUACUCUUUGUUAUUGAAAAUAUGUAUUUUGUGAACUAUUUGUGGGUAAAAUCAUAUAUUGUUUGGAUUUUGUGGAGUAUUUUACUCAGGCUUGUAUUUAGGCUUGUGUUUUAUGACCCAAGACCUGUCUCAAAUCUAUGCAUCAGACUUUCAGGAUCUGAGGAAUGGAUUUUUUUUUUGUGAAAAUGAAAACAACUCGAACAAUUGUGACUGUUAAUGUGCUUUUACUUUAAACAAGGUGCUGUAAACUGAUGUGCAGCAAAUACAUGAUUCUCUUUGUUUUCUUUCCCACUGCUUUGUACUAUCAGGAAAAGGUAGAAAAUAUUGUGCACAUGAGGCUAUGAUGAAGAAAAUGUUGAUGUUUUAAAAUUAUAUCAUAACACAAUGGACACAUUUGAAUAAAAAUAUGUUUAAUAUUUAAACAGAA